CGCUUGAGGCGGGUGGAGCUGGUGUCAUGGAGUGGAUCCCACUACGAUACAACAACGAAAUCGACGAGAAGGACGAGAGGAAGAGACAGAAGAAGAAGAGGAAGAGGAAGAAUUGACAAGACACCCAGACACCCUGCCCCUAGCCUGCCCGGGCGGCAAGCCAUGUCUUGACGACAGCACAACACACCCAUACCAAACACCAGUUCGCAGCUGAGUGAGUGCUUGAAGACCGUCGAAAGACAGACACAGAGAGACACACCCACAGAGACGGAGACAAGUGCAACACAUCAAGCAACGCUCCCUCCAACAACCGCCCUGUCGAGGCCACCAUUCGAACAUCGCAAACCGCUAGCACCACCUCAGCGCGCGCACACACACUGCCCUACUGUCCACGCACGAGCUCACAAGGAGGCGGGUGAUGGGUGGGUGUGCCUCUGUUGCUGCAGCGGACGCUGCCACAUCGCAUCAGAAGAGUCCGACUGCUGAAGGCGGCGGCGGAGAUGGUGGGGAACGAAUGGUCAUGGUUGCGGCCAAGCGCUGGCCAGGCAUCCUGCGCGUGGACGCGCCGCCCAUACCUCCCAAAGAAGAGCCGGACCCCUCCGAUCUGCUCUCUGUUCAACCAGGCGUGCUUCCGCUCGCCGCCACCAAUGGGCAAGACAACAAAGCCAAGCUGCCAAACCUUGCCAUUGUUCUCGGUGGACCAAACUCCAACAAAGGCGCGGUGCUGCAGCACAUACAGCAAGACCCAAGCCUUGACGUGACGCUCGUGUGUGCCGAAACGCUGUUGAUUCGGUACUUGAGGAAGAACGCUGCGGGGGACUCCAUCCGAGAUGCACUCGACUUUGCAGAGAACGCCAGCGACACCCUCACCAUGCAACUGUUGAUGCAACUGGUGACAGAGCACCUUGCAUGCGACGACAACACGCCAGCCCCAUCCUCAACGCCAGCAGAGAGAACACGGCUUGUCAUCAUCGACCUCAUCCCAAAUCUCCGCGUCUUCUCUCGCGCGCCGCUCCUCCGCAACCCGGCAAAGCACCUCUCCAUCUUCGAGCGGCAGGUGCAACGCUUUCGGUUUGCCCUGCAUCUUGAGAGCAGUGCUGUGACAACACCCCUCAAACGCGCAAACACACUUCCGGACGAGGAAGAUGUGCGACGGUUGCAGAAGCGAUCGCAGAUGCACCAAUCCAACACGUUUCCCCUCAUCAAGUACUUUGAGGACAGCGAACGCGUGAUCAGUUUGAAGCAGACAAGCAGCGAACCGGCGCCCUAUGCGCCAGCAAGUGCAGACGACAUGUUGUCUGCGCAGACACGGCACACAUCGCCACGCGUGAAGGCCGUGUACACCUGGCUGCGGGCAUACAUGCACGGCGCCGCGGAUGGCAUCGCGAGCAUGCCCCAGACCUACCACGACACGGCAGGCGACGAAUCAGCACAAGCCACCCAGUUCCAACUCCAGAGAGGCGGCACACAACAGCAGCACCGUGGCGCCGUGGUGUGCAUGUGCAGUGGUGACGCAGAGCAGGAGCUGUUGCGCACCACCCUCGCAGACCACAACAUUGCGUGUUCCCCAGUUGCACUUGAAGACGGUGGUGGCCACAACCGCGCAACACUGACCUUCAGUCUCAGAGACAACAUAUCAACGGCAUUGGCGAGCAGCAGCAGCAGCAGUGUUGUUGUUGUCGACACCGCCCAACUCAAGCUGGAUUCGGGACGUGUAUCUGUGAGCCACACCUCCAGCAAGAACAUCGCGCAGGCACUGGUGUAUUGCCAGGCUGGACAGAUUCGCAUUGGAGACACGUGCGUCGUGGAUGUGGAGAAGGCAGACGUGCAUGCGCACAGUGUGGAUGGCCUGCUGGUUCUCUUCAGCAGGAAAGCGCGCCAACACGAAGCACGCAUACUCAACAUGCUCUCCCAAGCAUGAGACACGUGACGGUGCACGACGCGGUUUUGUUGUUGUUUAAGUUGUUGUUAUUGUUGUUGUUGUUUAAGUUGUUGUUGUUGUUUAAGUUGUUGUUUAAGUUGUUGUUUAAGUUGUUGUGUUGCUGGUGUUGUUGUUGUUGUUGUUGUUGUUGUUGUUGCACCCUGACGUUCAUCGUGGUCGCCAAUGUGCACCAUGUGUCAGUCUCUCGGGUAAUGUUUGGAUCCAUAUAAAGCCCCACGCGACAAUGCAUGAUCUCUUGACGCGUGUCACCAACAGAGUGAUGGG